GGCGGCGGGAGGCGGGCGCGCGCGCUCCAUUCCGCGGCUGCCGCUGCUGCUGCUGCGCUCCGGAGCGAGGCCGGUGCGCGGCGGGGGCGCCAUGGCCGUGUGGACGCGCGCCUGCAAAGCCGGGCUGGUGGAGGUGCUGCUGCGCGAGCGCUGGGUGCGGGCGCUGGCCGAGCUGAGCGGGGAGGCGCUGGCGCUCAGCUCCGACCCGGAGCCGCCGCUGCCGGCCUCGUCGCCGCUCAACGGGCUGCCCAACGGCGCGGCCGAGUGGGGGAGCCCCGUCGCGGCCCCGGCCCGAGCCGCAGCCCCCGCGCGGAGCCCCGCGGGCAGCCCCGGCGGGCGGAGCGCGGGCGGAGCCAGCCCGGAGCACCCGCAGCGCCCCCUCGCCGCCGCCGCCGCUUCGCCGCCCGGCCGGCCCUUCUCGCCCCCGCCGCUGCCGUCUCAGGGCUCCCCGUCGGUGGCGUCGUCCUCCUCCUACUCGUGCGCCUCGGACGCGGCUGCCGCGGGGGCCGCCCCGUCCUCGCCGCCGUCGGGGGUGCGACGUGUGCGGGUGGUGAAGGCGGAGGCGGGCGGGCUGGGCAUCAGCAUCAAGGGCGGCCGCGAGAACCGCAUGCCCGUCCUCAUCUCGCGCAUCUUCCCGGGGCUGGCGGCCGAGCGCUGCGGCGCCCUCCGGCUGGGCGACGCCAUCCUGGCCGUCAACGGCAUCGACCUCCGCGACGCCACCCACGACCAAGCCGUGCAGGCGCUCAAGCGGGCCGGCCGGGAGGUCGUCCUCGAAGUGAAAUACAUGCGGGAAGCCACCCCUUACAUCAAGAAGCCGUCGCUGGUCUCAGACCUGCCUUGGGAUGGGGCCGCCCCGCAGUCGCCCAGCCUCAGUGGCAGCGAGGAUUCUGGCUCCCCGAAGCACCACGGCUCUGCCAAGGACCGCAAGGUGAUCCCCUUGAAAAUGUGCUACGCUGUGAGGAACCUAAGCAUGCCGGAUCUGGAGAACAGGUUGAUUGAGCUGCAUUCGCCCGACAGCAGGAACACCCUGAUCCUCCGCUGCAAAGACGCGGCCACCGCCCACUCCUGGUUCAUGGCCAUCCACACCAACAUCAUGGCUCUCCUCCCUCAGGUCCUGGCGGAGCUCAACGCCAUGCUGGCCGCCAGCAACACGCCAGGCAGCAGCAAGGAAGUCAAGCACAUCGCGUGGCUGGCGGAGCAGGCCAGGCUGGAUGGCGGGAGGCAGCAGUGGCGUCCGGUCCUGCUGGCCGUGACGGAGAAGGACCUGCUGCUCUACGACUGCAUGCCCUGGACGAGAGACGCCUGGGCUUCCCCGUGCCACAGCUACCCCCUGCUUGCCACCAGGCUGGUCCACUCGGGCUCCGGGCGCAGAUCACCUUGCAUGGGGUCAGACCUCACCUUUGCGACGAGGACGGGCUCCCGCCAGGGCAUCGAGAUGCACGUCUUCCGCGUGGAGACGCACCGGGACCUCUCCUCCUGGACCCGGAUCCUGGUUCAGGGCUGCCACGCGGCUGCAGAGCUGAUCAAGGAGGUGUCUUUAGGCUGCACACUGAACAGCCAAGAGGUCCGCCUCACGGUCCACUACGAAAACGGAUUCACCAUUUCCAGGGAAGAGGCCGGCUCGGCCAGUCUCCUUUUCCGGUACCCUUUUGAGAAGCUGAAAAUGUCUGCAGAUGACGGCAUAAGGAACCUCUACUUGGAUUUUGGGGGUCCGGAGGGGGAGCUGACGCUGCAGCUGCACUCCUGCCCCAAACCCGUGGUGUUCGUGCUGCACACGUUCCUGUCGGCCAAAGUGACCCGGAUGGGGCUGCUGGUCUAGGUGCCGCCGCCGCCAGGCCCUGGUGGGACGCUGGCAGCAGCGAAGAGGCCCCGAGGUCCUGCCUCCGCCUUGCCGUCGCCCGCCAGCCUCCGUGCCUUGACCAGGACUCGUGACCGGCGGCAGCGUCGUCUCCGGGCCAGCUGCUUCCCCCUCUGAAGAGCCGCCGCGGCCGGACUCUGGAGCUUCCUUCCCGGGAGAGAGGCCUCCGCUUGCUUGCUGGGCCGGGAGCAGGAGGGGGGCUUGCCAAGGGCGGGGGCUGGGAGGGGGAAGACGGUCUGGCGGCUGCCCCCGCCUGCCUGGAGCUCUGCAAAGCCCUCCUGUGGCGGGAGGGAGGGAGGGAGGCCAGAGGGCAGCUCCCCCUCUGGGGUGCCACGAAGCCAUUUCUGCCGCUGCUUACCAAACGUGCCUUGUGGUGGAGGGAGGCGGCGAGGCAGCCUUCUGCUCUGCCUCCACCGGGGAGCAAGCCGAACCCUGUGGCGGGGUGGGGGGAGACUGCAGGGGGGCAGCUCCUCAGCCCCCCGCCCCCCGGUCUUAGUGGAACUUGGCCUGCGGGGCGUAGCUGCUGCUGCUGCUGAUGCUGGAGGGUGCUCAGCCUCCUCUUCCCCGUCGGGCAGCCCGAGGUCUGGAUCAGCCGCCGAGGCAGCCCUCGCUGGGGUCCAGCUCCUGGCGGCGAAGGUCUUUUGCGAUGGGUGCAGGGGCUGGGCUCUUUCUAGGGGCUCCCAGGGAGGACAUUUUGGACCGGCUGGAGGGCUGUGAAAUCUGCAGAUCUUGGGCACGCAUACACACACACACACACACCCAUGCACACCCCCAUGCACACACGACAGGUCUGUGGUGAGGAAGAGGAAGAUUGCGCGGGUGAGAGACGAGUUGGCUCUGAAAGGCCAGGAGGGCAGCCCAAGGCAAGGCAGGGCCUGCUUUGUGGGGACCCCUUUCCCCCUUGGCGGCUUAGGAGUCCUCUUGCAUUGCUUGCUCAUUGGCAGCCGCGGGGACUGGGAGCCUCGGCGAGCCGGGGGGCUCAGGGUGCCCCGUGGCCUGCCUGUCCAGGCCGCACCCCCACCUUUCUCUGGGUGGCCCGACUGAGCUCAUGCCCGGUGCCGGGGGGCAGCCCUCCCUGCCAGCACAGCUGGGAAGGUCUGUUCUCGAGUUCCACGGAGUCGCCUCGGGUCUCCAGGGCUGAGCGGCAGCAGGAUCCUUCCUCGCCCUUCAUCUCCAGAGGGGGUUAAUCUGCACUUAAGAUCUGGGCGGUUUAAAUAUCGCGGCGGCACCUGGGGGGCCCUGAGAACUAAAGUCCUGUGAAAGGCAGCGGGGUGGGUGUGUGUGUGUGUGUGUGUGUGUGUGUGUGUGUCCGUCCCCCCCCCCCUUAAUGGACUGUCAGGGCAAGCCUGUUGGGCCAGCUUGGCUCCCUCGCGUGCAGGCCGGGGGGUGCUGCCUGCCCCUUGGCCCCCUCGUAGCUAAGCCGUACCUUGAUAAGGAAGAGGGUCACCUUCAGGACAAGUUCAGGGGCUUUUCGGGCAUGUUGUCUUAGUCAAGGCAACCCUCUCUUCAGCCCCCGUUUCUGGUUACUGGUGUUCCACCAGGCCGUGUCGGUGAGCUCUUGCGUCGGUCUUGCCCGUUUCCAUGUGGACUAGAGGCUUUGUUUUCCAGUGGGCGCUGAGACUCUUGGAACGAAGCCUGCCAAAUGGGCAGCCCUGCCUUUUAGUCUGAGAGCGCUCUGUGGGCCGAGGGUCCCUGCCUGCCUGCCUGCCUGCCACAAGCCUGUUUUCAGGGGAAGUGUUGGGCCAGGAGUGGAACCCUCAAGCGGGACGGACGUUGCUCCGGCUUUGCUGUGAUGGGCCAGCCCAACAGGACUCCGCCUGAGAGUUCAGCGCCGCGCGUUGGUCCUGCCUGGUCACCCAGCAGCCUUGGAGAUUCCGGAGCUGGAGGUGUGUGGAGACCAGUCUUGGCAUCUGCCAGUUGCAGAACUGGAGGCUUCCUGUGCUCCAGAGUGGGAGCUCCUUUAGCUGCCGAGUAGGGGAGACGUUCUGAAAGCGAAAGUCAUGCUGAGCCUGUCGGGUGGCCAGGGGCCAAAUUUCACAGGGAGGGGGGUUGGCAUUUGGGCGCUGCUGGUGCCUUGGCGUUGGAGAGGCAGUGGUGGGGAAGCAUCCUUGGGGCUGCCGGGAGUUGACUGGCAAGUUGGGUGGCUGCAUAAAGAGUGCCUGGUCCCAACAGAGUGGGUUCUACCCUGAAAUCUGGGCUGCCGUUUGGCCAAGAUGUUUGGAGUUGUGUACGUUUGGCAAAUUUGGCUCUGGGCAGGGGGUAGAAUUCCAGAGGAUGUACUGUGGGCAGAUGGAGAAGGGAAAGUGGUCUUUCAACGUUGGGAACGGGAAGCUUUUGGAGGAGGGGAAGGCUAGCACUUGGAAUCCCCGCCAGGUUCUCUGCACUGCAAGGUCAGAAAAGAAUGUCUCUGGCCAUGAGGACUAGAAACUUAGACCUCAUAAGCCAGCUUUUGUUCCAAGGUCUGCAUGUGGUCCCAUUGAGAAAGAGAAGUCGUGCAUUUAUUUGGAAGGUAUACAACAGGUCAGCGGGUUGUGGCCACACAAGCUUCAGCAUUGUCUGGGUUUCUGCUUUGAAAGUCCAGAAGGGUUCAGGUCUGUUCAGUCCCUGCCAGUCACUCUCCACUGACAUGGGUCGGGAGCAGGGGUUGGGUUGUUGGAGGCUUCCUCGGAUGCCCUGCUAUGGUAGCCAAGGCUGGCAAUGCAUUUCCAAGGGGCAAAGCAACUAUCCUUUAUCAUCAGCUGGAGUAAAGGCUGCAGCCCUGGCCAGGGAAAGGGUGGUGCUGGUUCCUUUGAGCUCAUCCUUGGUGCCGGCCAGAGGGCAACUUAACACCGUGUGGGUGGCCUUUUCCCCCUGAAGCAAGUCGCAACUCUCAUUCUUGUAAAGCUGUGGUGAAAUUGGCACUUGGGUAUCCUUUGCCAAAUGCUAUUAAUUCAGUCAAACCAACAUGUUAAACUCCUACGAUUAUUUAAAAUGUUAGCUUUAAGUGCUGCUUUAGCGAAUUUCUCGAUUUUAAGAGGGAUCGUUUUUGACACUAAUGGAGACCAUUUUAUGCAUUAAAUCCCACUUUGCAUUUGCUUUGGACACGCUCCCUCCUUGGGGAGCAAACUCUGCACUGCACACCCCACCCUUUCAUUUCUGUGUACGCUUUUGUGAUUGAGACAAUUCCCCGGGUGUUCUUCAGGUUCCCAUAUAUCUGUGGAUUUAAAUAUUUUCUUUGCCUCUUCAGCAUUCAGGGUUCCUCUCUAGUGGUGGUUGCACUUGACACCUUCAGUGUGUAUAUUGUGAUGCCAGGCAGCGCGUGUUGGGGAGUUCUCAAGUAUUCCCAAAGAAGUGCAGUAAAUAGAGAGCUGCUAGAAGGGAAGGCUGCUCUGUCUGGCAUCAACGGGACAGUUUACUUGGCGCCACAAUGAAAAACAUAAGCUCUCUUAACAUCCCACAGGAAUUAGGACGCUGCAGUUGGUCAGUUUCACUCCGAAAACAUUUCUUUGUCGAAGAAGCACUUCUGAACAUGUUAUUGCACUCAGUGCUUUGCCAGGGUUACCACAACUGCAAACAGACGCGCUGCCCUGUCGAAUGGUCUGU